AGGGUUGCAGGGACGGGGGCAGGCAAGACUGGGCUUCUCUCUUCCUUUUGCUUGCAAAACAGGCAGCAGGGCAGAGCAAGGGGGUCUUCCCGGAUGUGAUUUCCCCCCUCUGGGUCCCUGUGGGCGGCCUCAGCUGUAUCUGCUGUCAGAAUGAUGGGCUGCAAGACCAACUCGCUGACUUGCCUGCAAGGUGGGAAGCCGGGGCUGCCCGUGGCCACCGCCACAGACUCCACGGCCACCCUCAACAAGCUGGCUCUGGCUACGGGGGGCACGGAGAAAUCCUGGUACCGCUGCAUCUUCCCCUUCGGCAUUGUCUCCUUGGUCAUCGGCAUCGCUGCCACGUGCAUCACCUUCACCAUCAAUGGGCCGCAGAUGGACAUUGCCAAGGUGGUCUCGGUGGCCACCCUGAUCUUUGGGGUAGGACUGCUGGUGGCUGCCUUGGUCUGCUGGCGGGCCAAGAGGGAGCGGCAGCGCAAGAAGCAGCAGGGUGAGCCGGUCCCCCUGGAGCAGGGAGCCCUAUGAU